CGAGCUACCUGCAGGAAUACCGAAGAACUGAUCCGGGGACUGGCGAGAGCGAGCUAAUCCACUAGCGACAUGCGGAGACACUUUAGGAAAGCGCUUGCGAGUAACUUAAAAUAAGUAACUUUAUCAUGAAUUAUUAAUAAUACACAUAAAACGCGCCGGUUCCGUUUCACGUCGCAGUUUAGUGUGUUGCAGGAAUGCGCUGGAGUGUGUGGUCUGGUCGACUCCAACAGAUGCUCGCCUUUGAACAACAGCAGCGUUGUUUAUGAACUGGGGAAGAUUUGAAGUCAGGCUCAGCCAGUCCGGAGCGCCCGGGAGAGGGGGAGAGGAGACGAGACUAGGGGAGGGGAGGGAGGAGAGAGGCGGGGGAGAGAGGAGAGGAGAGGAGAGGGGCGCCCAGAAAACGCCCUGCUGCUGAAUCCUCUCAAAAUUAAAACUUUAUCGCGCCAUUGACGGUACGCUCGCACUGAAGGAUGGGAGGUUUGAUUCCUCUCAAUUGUUUAAAGUAACCACUUCAUAGAUUGUUUUGAGGGGGAAGUUUGGAAAACCUCAAUUGUUCCCAUUGGAUUAUUUUUUUCCGCUUUAUUCUGGACAAGCACGGGGCACUUUUUGGAGGGCGGCGAGUCGGAGGCUGUCUAGGCCCGCUGCUCGACAACUUGAAAUAAGAUCUUGUAUCUUUAAUGUGAACCAGAAAAGUUGGGCUGAUCGCUCAUCAUUGCUCAGACUGGCGCUAGGACAAGGCAAAAAUGUCGCUAGGAGCGGAGAGAAGGAUGGAAAACCGGUUGAGACAACUGGAAGCCAUGCUCAAAGAGCCGCGGUCUGCGAUCAACUUGGAAAGUUUGCUGGACUCCAUGAAUGCCAUGGUUUUAGAUUUGGAUUUUCCAGCCUUGCGUAAAAAUAAGAACAUUGAGACCUUCUUGAACAGAUAUGGGAAGGUUAUGGGCCAUAUGAGGGAGCUCCAGAUGAAGCCAGAUGAUUUUGACAGAGUGAAGGUGAUCGGUAGAGGAGCAUUUGGAGAAGUCCAGCUGGUUAGGCAUAAGGCCUCUCAGAAGGUGUAUGCAAUGAAGGUGCUCAGCAAGUUUGAAAUGAUCAAACGCUCAGAUUCUGCCUUCUUUUGGGAGGAGCGUGACAUCAUGGCGUUUGCUGACAGCCCAUGGGUCGUACAGCUGUGCUGUGCGUUCCAGGAUGACCGUUCUCUCUACAUGGUAAUGGAAUACAUGCCAGGAGGAGAUCUCGUCAAUCUCACCAGUACAUAUGAUGUUCCAGAGAAGUGGGCAAAGUUUUACACUGCUGAGGUUGUGUUGGCUCUGGAUGCCAUUCACUCUAUGGGCUUUAUUCACCGAGACAUCAAACCAGACAACAUGCUUCUGGACAGCUACGGACACCUCAAACUUGCUGACUUUGGGACCUGCAUGAAAAUGGAUGGGACUGGGAUGGUUCAUUGUGACACUGCGGUCGGAACCCCUGAUUACAUCUCGCCGGAGGUUCUCAAGUCUCAGGGAGGGGAUGGAUACUACGGACGCGAGUGUGACUGGUGGUCAGUGGGAGUAUUUAUCUACGAGAUGCUGGUUGGUGAUACACCGUUCUAUGCCGAUUCUCUGGUGGGGACCUACAGUAAGAUUAUGGACCAUAAGAACUCUCUUAACUUCCCUGAUGACGUUGAGAUCUCUCAAGAAGCCAAAAACAUCAUCUGUGCCUUCCUAACAGAUAGGGAGGUUCGACUGGGCCGAAAUGGCGUAGAAGAAAUUAAAAGACAUCCUUUCUUCAAAAAUGACCAGUGGACCUUCAGCACCAUUAGAGAGACUGCAGCACCCGUGGUUCCAGAGCUGAGCAGUGACAUAGACACCAGUAAUUUUGAUGAGAUAGAGGAAGAUAAAGGAGAAGUAGAGACCUUUCCCACACCCAAAGCCUUCGUUGGCAAUCAGCUACCUUUUGUGGGGUUCAGCUACUUUAAAGAAGACCAGUUGUUGAAUGCUGUUAACAGUUCAGCAAUGAAAAAAGAUCCAGUAUCCAAGACAGAGGACAAUUUAGCUCUCCAGAAGAAACUUCACUCUCUAGAAGAGCAGCUCAACAAUGAAAUGCAGACCAAAGAUGAGCUGGAGCAAAAAUACAGAAGCAACUGUAGCCGCCUGGAGAAGAUCACCAAAGAGCUUGAUGAAGAAAUCAAUAGCAGAAAAGGGUUGGAGACGACUCUUAGACAGUUGGAGAGAGAGAAAGCUCUCCUGCAGCACAAGAGUGUAGAGAGUCACCGCAGGGCAGAGAGUGAAGCCGACCGCAAACGCUGCUUGGAGAAUGAAGUGAACAAUCUGAGGGAUCAGCUGGAUGAAAUGAAGAAGAAAAACCAGAACUCCCACAUCUCCAAUGAGAAGAACAUCCACCUGCAGAAACAGCUGGAUGAGGCAAAUACGUUAUUGCGGGCGGAAUCCGAUGCUGCUGCGAGGCUGCGUAAAACUCAGACAGAGAGCUCAAAACAGCUGCAGCAGCUGGAGGCUCACGUGAGAGAACUGCAGGACAAAUGCUGCAUGCUGGAGAACAGCAAACUCACACUAGAGAGGGACAACAUCAGCCUACAGGCCGCGCUGGACGCAGAGAAACGAGAGCACACCCAGGGCUCUGAGACUAUCUAUGAUCUACAGGCACGCAUCUCUGGUUUGGAGGAGGAAGUGAAACAGGUGAGACAGGCCCUAUCUAAAGCUGAGACGGAGAAAAGGCAACUCCAGGAGAAGCUUACAGAUCUGGAAAAGGAGAAGAGCAAUAACCAGAUUGACAUGACCUACAAGCUGAAGAUUUUGCAGCAGGGUUUGGAGCAGGAGGAGGCGGCACACAAGGCCACAAAAGCUCGACUUGCUGAUAAGAACAAGAUCAGCGAGUCCAUCGAAGGAGCCAAAUCUGAGGCUGUAAAGGAGCUGGAACAGAAGCUGCAGGAGGAACGAUCCUCUAAACUGCGUGUAGAGAACAGGGUGUUAGAACUGGAGAAGAAGAGCUCCAUGCUUGACUGCGACUAUAAACAGUCACUGCAGAAACUAGAGGAAUUGCGACGACACAAAGAGAGACUCACAGAAGAGGUGAAGAAUCUGAGUCUGAAGAUCGAGCAAGAGAUUCAGAAACGCGCUUUGACUCAGAAUGACCUAAAGGUUCAGAACCAGCAGCUCAGCACCCUGCGAACAUCAGAGAAACAACUCAAACAGGAGAUAAACCACCUGUUGGAAAUCAAACGCAGCCUGGAAAAGCAAAAUAUGGAACUGCGCAAGGAGCGUCAGGAUUCUGAUGGACAGAUGAAGGAACUGCAGGAUCAGUUGGAGGCAGAGCAGUAUUUCUCUACGCUGUAUAAGACACAGGUGCGGGAGCUAAAGGAAGAGUGUGAGGAGAAAAAUAAACUCUAUAAAGACAUGCAGCAGAGUCUACAGGAGCUACAGGAGGAAAGGGAUUCUCUUGCGGCCCAGUUAGAGAUCACACUAACGAAAGCUGACUCAGAGCAGCUGGCGCGCUCCAUUGCGGAGGAGCAGUAUUCCGACCUGGAGAAGGAGAAGAUCAUGAAGGAGCUGGAGAUCAAAGAGAUGAUGGCCAGACACAGACAGGAGCUUGCUGAAAAAGACUCCACCAUCACCUCAUUAGAGGAAGCUAAUCGCACAUUGACGAAUGAUGUGGCAAACUUGGCCAAUGAGAAAGAAGAACUGAACAACAAGCUAAAGGAAACACAAGACUACCUGCAGAAUCUCAAGAAUGAAGAGCAGUCCAUCAUUCAAGUGAAACUAGCCCUUGAGAAACAGCUUCAGUCAGAGAGAACUCUCAAAACACAGGCGGUGAACAAGCUGGCAGAGAUCAUGAAUAGAAAGGAGGUCAGAGGUGGUGGAAGUCGCCGUGGAAAUGAUACAGACGUGAGGAGGAAGGAGAAAGAAAACAGGAAGUUGCAGCUGGAGCUGCGUUCCGAGAGGGAGAAGCUCAACAGUUCUAUCAUCAAAUACCAGAGAGAAAUCAACGACAUGCAAGCGCAACUGGCAGAUGAGUCUCAGGUGCGUAUUGAGCUGCAGAUGGCUCUGGACAGUAAAGACAGCGAUAUCGAGCAGCUGCGCAGCCUGCUGAACUCUUUUAACGUCCAGUCGCUCGACUCUGCCAGUAUGAGCAGCGGCCCAGAAAUGGACACUGAUGAAUCACUACCAGAGACAAGACUGGAGGGUUGGCUAUCUUUACCAGUGAGGAACAACACCAAACGAUUUGGGUGGGAAAGGAAGUAUGUUGUGGUGAGCAGCAAGAAGAUUCUCUUCUACAACAGUGAGCAGGACAAAGAGCAUUCCAAUCCUUACAUGGUGUUGGACAUAGAUAAACUUUUUCAUGUGCGUUCGGUAACCCAGACGGACGUCUAUCGUGCUGACGCCAAAGAGAUCCCCAGAAUAUUCCAGGUAUAUUGGUAUACCACAGGUGGAGUAUCAGGGAACUUCUCAUAUGUGGAACCAACAGCAUGUGCGGAGAAAUCUGGCUUCAUCUACCACAAGGGACAUGAGUUUAUUCCUUUAUUCUACCACUUUCCUGCCAACUGCGAGGCCUGUACCAAACCCCUGUGGAACAUGUUCAAACCUCCUCUGGCUCUGGAAUGCCAGAGAUGUCAGAUCAAAUGCCACAAGGAGCACAUGGACAAGAGAGAGGAAAGUCUCAGACACUGUACUCCAGACCAGUUCAACACUGGGUGAGAGGAGAAGACUGCCGACCUGGAAGUUGGAUGGAGGAUGUAUUGAUGUUUAUUUUAGGAUGCUUCAGAAACAUCAUUCAGGAGCUUUCAAGGUUUAAAUCGAGGUGCUUGACUAACAGAAUAACAUUUGCGAUCUUCGCUAAUGGUGGCUUACCGGAUAGAAAACUUGAACAGUGUUACGCUGGGCUAUUUCUUGUAACUUGGGAUGCAAGAUGACAGCUUGGACAUUAACAAAGCACUUUUUCUCUUUUGUAUCAAAUCAGGUUUUUAAUUGUGACUAAUAACACUGAAUUUAAAGGCUAAAUACUAAAAGUAUGCGUCAAAAGAUUUAAAACUUCUCACAAAGAGCUCUGUAUCUUCAAAUUGAUUGCACAUUUAGCACCAAAGUCAAGAUGCAUACAGAUGUGCGGCCUUUAAAGCUUCAGCAGACAUUAAGCAGUGGCCGAUCUUAUUUUUAAGGUUUAGCUCUGUUAUAGUUAUUACCUCUUAGGUGCCAAGGUGUAGCUUCACCUUAGCGAACUACCUCCAGACCUUACUGAGACGAGGUUGGUGAAGGCUUGGCUGAAUGCUUUCUCCUCCACCUGCAGGCCUCUGGAUUCGGAGCUUCAGGACUGGCACUGGGCUCUGGAUGACGUGGAUGACGUAGAUUAUGAACAUACGUUUAAUUUCUGAGGAGCAUGUGUAGGGUUGAAACAGGGUAACUGCUUACAUAGGGGCUCUGUUCCAAAACCUCCUAAUCCACCCACUUUGGCAGCAUUUAGAUUAUUUGCUGAUGUAUAAUACACACUAAGGUAAUACUUACAGUUAGUAAUGUGAUAACAUAAAUGUUAUCAAAUGCUAAAUGUUAUCCAUUUUUAUACAGUACAUUA